AUGGAUGCUGGAAUCCCAGGGCCAUCUAGGCCUAAAAGAAGGCUAACAGACUACGAAAAAAAGAGACCUUUAUCAAUUGCUGAACAAGUAGAAUUGCUAAAUAUAUCUGAAAGUGAUGAAGAACCCUUUGUGGAAAGUGAAAGUGAGUACGAGCCGGAGCAGGGCGAAACAAGUUCGAGUGAAGAAGACGAUCUUGAGCCAGAGCCGGGCGCUAGUUCAAGAAAAGAAGGGGAAGAUAGGAAAGAUGGAGAUCUUACAAGCCAUGAAAAUACGAUUUACCACAAGGAAGCUAUAACUGUAGCAAUGAACUUCAUGAAGACUCAUGAAAAUCUAGAGAAACAAAUCAUUAAUAUUUUAGAUGUUAGACGUUGCGAACAGGUCCAGCAAAACAGGGAUAAAUUGAAGGCUAUCCGUCAAAGCAUUAUUUUUUUGGGGAGACAAAAUAUUCCACUUCGUGGUCAUAAGAUCAAUUUGGAUGUGAUAGUAGCAUCUGAAAUCAAUGAGGGGGCGGAUGGGCCGGCUGGGCACUCGGGAAAUUUCCCGAAGGGCCGGUUCGGUCCAAGUCAAAAAAGAAUCAUCUUCGAUUCCUGUUGGCUGUCACCUGUGGCCGGACACGAGACCUGCCCCGCGAUUUUGCUUCCAGCAAUACGCUCCGGCCCGUCCACAAUUCAAAAACAGCAUGGGAAAACCAUCUUUUAUCUUCCUCUUCUCCACGUCAUCUGCGCCAAGCUUACCUAUCUUUCUUUCACAAUAAUUGAUUGUUGA